ACUGACAACUCCCUACCUGUUUGUACUGGGCGUGGUACAGAUCUCGAUGAAGUGGUUCCACUACAACUCUGUGUUCGAGCCACCUGCAGCCGACCACAUCAACUGCCCCAACUACUGGUGGAGAAAUCUGCUCUAUAUCAACACCCUCUUCCCUGUCAAGGAUAUGUGCAUGCUAUGGAGUUGGUAUUUGGCAGACGAUACGCAGUUCUACGUUCUUGGAACAAUACUCCUCAUCAUGGCUGUCAAACACUUUAGAGCAGCAGCAUCCUUGAUGGUGGUGUUCCUGAUUAGCUCUUGGUGUACCACUGCUUACAUCGCAUUCAGUAAUAAGCAUAUGCCAAAUGUUGAUGACCCUCUGGCAUUAUUCGACAAGAUCUAUGACAAACCGUGGACCAGAUUUGGACCCUACCUCGUGGGAAUGGCCACUGGAUGGUUCCUAUUCAAAAUCGAUUGCAAGAUUAAGAUGAACAGGAUGGUGACCUGGGUAGGGUGGACUCUGUCUACAGUCGGCCUUCUCUGUCUGUUGUACGGAUUGUAUGAGCAGCAGCUUCACCCCGUUUCAGCCGCCGCAUACUCCUCUCUCAGUCACACCGCCUGGGCCACCUGUCUCGCCUGGAUCGUCAUCGCCUGCUCUACCGGAUAUGGAGGUUAUGUGAACAAAUUUCUGUCGUGGACAGUGCUGUAUCCUUUUAGCAGAGUGACAUACUGCGCCUAUCUCAUUCACCCGAUUAUCAUCCGUAUAUUCGCCAUGAGAAUGGACAGCCCUGUUCAUCUCGGCAAAGAUUUAGUCGCUGUGAUGUUUCUGGGCCAGCUAGUCGCCUCCUACAUUCUCUCGGUCAUCGUAUCUCCGCUUUCGAAGCUCAGUUGUCUCUCUCUUGAGAAUAGUCUCUCCCACCAAGAGAAAGACAAAAUGGUGACCUGGGUAGGUUGGACUCUGUCUACAGUGGGCCUUCUCUGUCUGUUGUACGGAUUGUAUGAGCAGCAACUUCACCCCGUGUCAGCCGCCGCAUACUCCUCUCUCAGUCACACCGCCUGGGCCACCUGUCUCGCCUGGAUCGUCAUCGCCUGCUCUACCGGAUAUGGAG